UCCCAUCUCUAAAACCCUCGCCCCUCGAUUUUCAUUCGACGGCCAUCGCCAAAACCCUAGCAUUUGAACGGAGACAGCGAGAGCCUUUGGAACCGGAGAGCGAAUCUAUCAGCAACAAUGAGGAAGAAGGUGGACGAUCGGAUUCGAACCCUAAUCGAGAACGGGGUCAAGCUGAGGCACCGCUCAAUGUUCGUCAUCGUCGGCGAUAAAUCUCGAGAUCAGAUUGUGAAUCUCCACUAUAUGCUGAGCAAAUCAGUGGUGAAAUCUCGUCCUACUGUGUUGUGGUGCUACAAGGAGAAGUUAGAGCUCAGCAGUCACAAGAAAAAACGUGCAAAACAAGUAAAGAAGAUGAUGCAAAAGGGAUUACUGGACCCCGAAAAAGUGGACCCCUUUUCACUUUUUGUCGAAAGCGGAAACAUAACUUAUUGUUUGUACAAAGACUCAGAAAGAGUUCUUGGAAAUACAUUUGGCAUGUGCAUCUUACAGGAUUUUGAAGCAUUGAAUCCUAAUCUCCUCGCCAGAACUAUUGAGACCGUGGAGGGAGGUGGCUUAGUAGUCUUGUUGCUCCGCUCCUUAUCAUCACUUACUAAUCUUUAUACAUUGGUCAUGGAUGUGCAUGAAAGGUUCCGGACAGAGUCUCAUUCCCAGCCUACUGCACGAUUUAAUGAACGCUUUUUGCUGUCUAUUGCAUCAUGCAAGGCAUGCGUUGUAAUGGAUGAUGAACUGAACAUUUUACCAAUAUCAUCUCACAUAAGAAAUAUCGAACCCAUUGCAGUCACAGAGGAUCCGGAGGGGCUAUCUGAAAGGGAACGUGAACUGAAGAGCUUGAAAGAGCAAUUUCACGAUGAUUUUCCUGUUGGCCCUCUGAUUGGGAAGUGUUGUACAAUGGAUCAGGGAAAAGCUGUCAUCACUUUUCUUGAUGCAGUUCUAGAUAAAACAUUAAGAAGUACUGUUGCCCUGAUUGCUGCUCGGGGACGUGGAAAAUCAGCUGCACUGGGUCUUGCUGUUGCAGGGGCUGUUGCUGCAGGGUAUUCAAACAUAUUUGUCACUGCACCAAGCCCUGAGAACCUUAAAACUCUAUUUGAGUUUGUCUGCAAAGGAUUGAAUUCGUUGGAGUAUAAGGAACAUUUGCAAUAUGAUUUGGUGCGGAGCACUGAUCCUGAAUUCAAGAAAGCAAUUGUUCAGAUUAAUAUCUACAAACAACAUCGUCAGACAAUUCAAUAUUUAAGGCCUCAUGAUCAUGGUAAGCUCUCUCAAGUUGAGCUUCUAGUUAUUGAUGAAGCUGCAGCAAUUCCCCUACCAGUUGUGAAGUCCUUGCUUGGACCUUAUCUGGUCUUUCUCUCAUCGACUGUCAAUGGCUAUGAAGGCACUGGGCGUUCAUUGUCGUUGAAACUUCUUCAACAAUUAGAAACACAAAGUCAAAUUUCUGCUCAGAGUCCAGAAGGCCCACAUUCUGGCAGAUUAUUCAAGAAGAUAGAAUUGAACGAAUCUAUCCGAUAUGCUUCUGGCGAUCCAAUUGAAUCUUGGCUCAAUGGUCUACUUUGCUUGGAUGUUGCGAGCUACAUCCCAAAUAUUAGCAGACUACCACAUCCUAGUGAAUGUGACCUCUAUUAUGUUAAUCGGGAUACUCUAUUCUCCUACCAUAAAGAGAGUGAAAUCUUUUUACAGCGAAUGAUGGCCCUUUAUGUUGCUUCACACUACAAAAAUUCACCCAAUGACUUACAAUUGAUGGCUGAUGCGCCAUCACAUCACUUAUUUGUGUUGCUUGGGCCAGUUGAUGAGUCAAAAAAUCACCUUCCAGAUAUUCUCUGUGUCAUUCAGGUUUGUCUUGAAGGGCAAAUAUCAAGAAAAUCUGCAAUAAAAAGUUUAAGCGAGGGCCGUCAACCUUCCGGUGACCAGAUACCUUGGAAAUUUUGCCAACAAUUCCAAGAUGCAGUAUUUCCAAGUCUUUCAGGUGUGAGAAUUGUGCGCAUUGCUGUGCACCCAAGUGCCUUGAGGCUAGGUUAUGGUUCAACUGCAGUGGAACUUCUAACAAGAUACUAUGAAGGGCAAAUGGCAGAUUUUACUGAGGAAGACGCUGAAGCGAUUGAGGAGCCCGAGGUCAAAGUUACUGAAGCUGCAGAGAAGGUUUCGUUGUUGGAGGAGAAGAUAAUGCCCAAGGCAAACCUUCCUCCUCUUCUUGUUCAUCUCCGUGAGCGACGUCCGGAAAAACUCCAUUAUAUUGGUGUCUCCUUUGGACUAACCCGGGAGCUUUUUCGCUUUUGGAGGAAACAUAAUUUUGUCCCAUUUUACAUUGGUCAAGUCCCGAAUAAUGUGACCGGUGAACAUUCAUGCAUGGUAUUGAGGCAAUUGAACAGAGGCGAGAUUGAAGGUGAUGAAUCUGGACAAUAUGGAUUUCUCACACCAUUUUAUCAAGAUUUCAGGAAAAGAUUUAGACGGCUUUUGGGCACUGCCUUCCAGUCAAUCGACUAUAAGCUCGCAAUGAGUGUUUUGUCAUCAAAGAUAGAUUUUGCGGGGCAUGAAAACAUGGAUGAGAGUUCAAAGUCAUUGUUGAAUGUAAUAUCACCACAUGACAUGAAGCGCUUGGAGGCAUACACCAACAGUUGUGUCGACUUCCCAAUGAUUCUGGAUCUUGUGCCAAUUCUUUCACAUGAGUAUUUCCAGGAGAAGCUUCCUGUCACAUUAUCUCCCGUUCAAGCUUCCGUCUUGUUUUGCAUGGGUAUGCAGAACCGAGACAUUGCUUAUAUGAAGAAAGAGAUGAAGUUAGAGGGGGAACAAAUAAUGUCAUCAUUUAGGAAAGUGAUGAAAAAACUUUACAAUUAUCUUCACACCGUAACAACCAAGGAAAUUGAAUCCACUCUUCCACGGUUAAAGGAAGUUACCUUGGCUCCUCACAGUGUAUCAGUGGAUGAAGAUCUAGAUGAAGCAGCCAAAGAAGUCAUGGAAAAGAUGAAAGCUGAGAAUGACGGUACAUUGGAUCUUGAGUCCCUCCAGCAAUAUGCUAUUGAUGACAAAGAGGGCGACUUCAACAAGGCUCUCCAAAAUGGCGUUAAAGUGUCGGCGAGUGGCCUCAUCAGUGUAAAAUCGAGUCGGUCUGAAGAGGAUAAACGUGGAAGGUCCAAGGAAAGCAAGAGUAAAAGGAAAGGAAAAGGUGAUGAUAAAUCACGAUCAAACAAGAAGAAGAAACUUGCAAAAUGAGGCUGGAGAAUCCUGGUUAUUACUGUAUUUCAAGCAAAGCGUGUAAUGUAGUAUGGCGAUGCCACACCAAAUUUUGUUGCUUCUAAUUUAUUAUUUGUAUUCCAGAGUGGUAUUUUUGUGCAACUUUUUCUUGGUUUUAGAACCGUUUUUAACAGUUGCCCCUUAAUUGUAUGUAGAAUCACAGGCUUGUUAAAUUACUUGUAGGAUGGGCUGUUAAAACAAAGGUUUUAUUGAAGAGCAAGUAUAUUUAAUGCAAGCCGAUGUCUCUAGUUGGUAAU